AUGACGGAGAAAACUGCUCCCUGGUGGAGGUCGUUCGCGGGCAAGAGACGAAAAGCAGCCAGAGAAUCUGCCGCGAUACUGGAGCAGGACUUCCGUAACCAGGCUUCACCUGGGUCCACACAUCACCCCUCCGCUGAGCCGGACCAACGACACAAUUCACCAGCACGUCCAACGGAAGAAAGGGGCAAUGGCUUACCGAGCGACGAAACAUAUGACGACUCAACUGAGCAGUCGACUUUCAGUGAGAGCUCCAACCGUCGCAAUCUCCGAGUGUCACGCUCUGGUCGUUUCAAAGAGAAAAGGACGACGCGCGUGGGUCUUCAGCAGAACCGUGAGGAGGCGGCUAAAUCAGGAGAAUAG